UAAUCCGGGAUCAGAGACCACAAAGGGGCUCAAAGUGCUGAUGAUGUAAGCGCUCGCGCCCCGUUUUCACGCGCCGCCUGCGGGACGAGGACGGACGGGAGCGCCCCUGAGGACAGGAGGCCACGCAGGAGCUUCAGCAGCAGAGCAGCAGCACACCAGCGGCCCGUCUGCUCCGCUGACCCAGCACCCAGUGGGACGCAGACCCGUCUCACUGCGGAGGAAUGCGGCUGAGCCGCGGGGAGCGGCGCUCGGCCCGGCGUGACCACACAAACUCACACACUCCCGCUUUCGCUGCCUUGUUAAUACGUUUACUGCACGUCGCUCGUGGAAGGCCACGUUGCGUCAGGUCUCCAUGGACGCGCUGCAGGAUUCACGUGGGACCAUGUGGGGCCUGAAUGUGCGGCUGAAAAGCUUCCUGGAGCAGGUGAACAGGCUGCAGGAGGCCAACGGGAGGCUGGAGGCGCAGAUAGCGCAGUGGGGCAGCAGCCGGUCGCGCUGUGGGGACUGGACGCAGCAGGAGCAGACGGCAGAGGAGCUCCGAGCGCAGGUUGGUAAACUGCUGAUGGAGAACGCCCAGCUGGCUUUAGAGUCUGACCACAUGAGGUCCAGAGCUGCUGCCAUCCAGGCCAGGUGUGAGGUGGAGGAACAGAACACCCAGAGCCUGGAGCAGCAGGUGGCUCUGCUCAGGGAGUCCAAGGCCGCGGCGGAUCAGAGCAGCGUGACGCUGCAGGCAGGGCUCCAGCGCUCCAUGGCCGCGCUGCAGGAGAUGCACCAGGAGUUCCAGGCAGUCCGGGCUCUGCAUCUGCAGCGGCUCGGCUUCGGCUCGGCUCCGCUAGCGGCGGCCACAGCAGCAGCAGCAGCAGCAGCAGCAGGAGGGGAGGAGGAGGAUGGCACAGGGAUGGAGCUGGCCCAGCUCCUCGACCGCAUCCGAGCGCAGUGCGAGCACAGCGGGCUUCCCGGCGCGUGCCCCGGCUCCUGCUCCGGGCCCGGCCGCUCAGGGGCGGCGGCGAGCAGGAGCCACAGAGCUGUCAGUGAGGAGGACGCAGCCUGGGCCCAGGUGAGCCUGGGCGGCGCUGCCCUGAGGGAGGCCCGGGCUGAGCUGUCGGAGGCCAGGAAGCAGUGGCAGUGCCUCCAGGUGGAGAUGGAGACCCUGCAUGCCUUGGAGAAAGGCCUGGAGAGCUCCCUGCAGCACACGCAGCGCCUCUACUCCAGCCAGCUGCACCACCUCGCGCAGGUGAUCGCGGGGCUGGAGGCGGAGCUGAGGCAGGUGAGGGGCGGCCUGGCCUCCCAGCGCCAGCGCCACACAGAGCUGCUCAACACCAAGAUGAGGCUGGAGCGAGAGAUCGCCACCUACCGGCGCCUGCUGGAGCGCGAGGAGGGCCGGUACAUGGGUCGCGCGGGGCGCCCGGUCCGCGGCCUGCAGCCCUGGAGGCCUCCGGCGCCGGCACCCGAGGAGAGCGGCCCGGAGGACGGCCUCAGUGACCCCGCCGUCACUCCAGACGAGCCCAAGUCGGAGCCCCUGCCCGACAUCCCGUCGCUGCUGCCGGCGGAGGACGGGCUGCAGAAGCGCCGGCUGCGGCGGCAGCGGAGCCUGGUGGUGCUCACAGAGCCAGACGCAGACCUGCCCAUCGCCACCGUGAAGACGCAGGAGGUUCUGCAGGGCAACGUGGUGCGUGAGAGUGCAGAGGGUCACGGCACCAUCGAAACGGAGAAGAUUGACAAGGUGAUCAAGCAGUGGGAGGGCUCGUUCUUCAGAGGGAACCCCAAGCUGCGGAAGAAGUCGGUGUCGCUGCGCUUCGACCUCCACAUGGCGGCGGCCGACGAAGGCUGCGCCCAGACCAAGCAGGACAGCCUGCCGGACGUGGAGGUGCGCCUCAUCAUGAAGAGGUCCCGCAGCAUCCCCAGCAUCGCGCAGUAGCAGAGUGCCACCGCUCCCGCACCGUUCAAGCUGCUUCAUCCGGACCGUUUCCACCCAUGUGCUUGUUGCUUUCAGUGACCUCCGCAUCGCGACUGAUGUUUGAAAGUGAGACUUUACUCACGGAGCAGCGUCACUCAUGAGGCUUUUGUGCUGGUUAAAUGGGGCCACGUUCACAGUAUCAGAAAUCCCAUUCAGAUAAAUCAAAGAAAACAUGGGUCCCCUGUAACGAUUUCAGUAUAAGGUCACAAAAGAGGCCAAGGCAGGUUGUACUGAGUGUAGCACACAUGUUUAAUUCUAAUCAACGCUUAGUAGAAGCUGAGGUAGUGGAUGUGUGGACAAGUCCGACCGGCUGGGAACCAUCCUGUAAGGGACAGUGACCCAGAUGAUUUUUCAGACACCCAUCAGUACCACAUCAGUACUUACUGGAGCUGGAUCAAGGCCUGGGUAAAAACCGUCUAGACACCUGAAACCAAAACAAGCCGAGUCAGGCGGCGCGAGGGAUCUGGUCUCAGUCAGCGUUUCCUUCAACGGCACCUGUUACAUGUACACUCUCAGGUGCACAGACCUCGUCCGUUAUCGUUACUAUUCAAAAGCAGCUCCUGUGGUUUAUUUGACGUAUUUACAGCCAAAAUGAGAUAAAUGAGUUUAAUAUUUUGGGAAAUUUUAUGUUUUAUUGAUUUUUGUGAUGAGCUAAAUUAAACGUAUUCAUUCUGAUCAAUCCUAUUAUGACAAUGUGGACUAGGCCUAGAGCCUCAGUAUUUAUUCCACUUCCCCACCUGAAUGAUUUCACUAUGUGUCUUUUAAAGUCUUUGCAUCUCACCGGAGAAAAAUAAAGUUGCAGCUGCACUGGACGCGGCGCUCGGCGCGGCGGCGCCGGGUCUGGACGCUCCCAGGGAGUUUCCCUGCCUCAGCCAGAAGAGUGCAGCAUCUGUAAAUACUGCAGCGCUCACACGCCUCAACAGGAGUUUUUAAGGCUUAGAAGCUGAAAUGAAUGCGGUGUUGUUCAUUUGAAGGCGUUAACUAUGCAGCUCCGCGCUUGGGUUUGCUUUGCGUCCUGAGGCACGCUUCAUUUUGGGCUCAAUGAAGCUUUAUGCUUUUCUCUAUCUCAUUUCAAAUAAAAAGGACAUGUGCAUUGAU